AUGAGACCACCACCUGUUCUUUUUCUUUUCUUCUUCGCCGUGUUUCUUGCUUCCACAGCGCCAUGUCCCGUCCGACCGGCCUUGUCACUCACCAAUUCGCGUCCAAAUCGACCCUCGCCAACUUAUUGUAAUGUUCUUUCUCUUAAGUCAUUUGAUAGAAAUGAACUCACUGACCAAAAACCUGCUAUCAUGGUACAGAGUUACAUAAUUAAUCUAUCUAUCUAUCUAUCUAUCUAUCUAUCUAUCUAUCUAUCUUUCCCUGUUCCUAUCUAUCUAUCUAUCUAUCUAUCUAUCUAUCUAUCUAUCUAUCUAUAUAUCUAUCUAGUUCUCUGUUCCUUCCUUCCUAUCUAUCUAUCUAUCUAUCUAUCUAUCUAUCUAUCUAUCUAUCUAUCUAGUUCUCUGUUCCUUCCUAUAUAUCUAUCUAGUUCUCUGUUCCUAUCUAUCUAUCUAUCUAUCUAUCUAUCUAUGCGUGCAUCUAUCUAUCUAUCUAUCUAUCUAUCUAUCUAUCUAUCUCUCUCUCUCUCUAUAUAUAUAUAUAUCUUCAAAAAUUACGCUUAA